GCGUUUUAGGGUUUUUGGUGUAAAAGGUAAAGGGGAGCCGAAGAAAAAGGUUUAACGGCGCCGGAGGGAAGGGGAGGGAGAUGAGUGGGGCGGGAGUGCCUGACUUCUUCUACAGAGAAGCUCAACGUCUUGGCUAUGUAGCUCGUUCCGCUUUCAAGCUUCUACAGAUUCAAAAGCAGUACAAGCUCAUCAAACCAGGAUCCUCUGUUCUUGACCUAGGUUGUGCCCCUGGUGCUUGGCUUCAGGUUGCCUGCCAAAGCUUAGGUCCGCUUAGAAGUGGUGGAAACGUCGUUGGUAUGGAUAUAAAGAAGGUGAAGGUUCCUCCACUGUGUGAUGCUCGAGUGCAGACCAUUAGCGCCGAUGUUUUAAACUUUCCCAGACAAAAGAUUAGGGAGUUAUCUCCUGAGCACAUGGGGUUCUCGGUGGUUCUAUCAGAUAUGUGUCACUCAGUAACUGGAAUUAACAGUAGAGAUGCAGCUCUCUCUGCUGAACUGGGAAUGCGAGCUCUUAAUUUGGCUGUUGGUCAAGCUGCCAUCUCUAAGUCACUUGAUGAUGAUGAUGAUGAUGAUGAUGAUGAUGAUGAUGAUGAUGAUGAUGAUGAUGAUGAUGGAGCUGAUGAGGAGAGUCGUGUUGGUGUGCUUAGGCAUGGAGGUCAUCUUGUCAUCAAGCUUCUAGAAAGCGAGGAUGCUCAAGAUUUUGCGAGGAUUUGCAAGCCCAUCUUUAACAAGGCAUCUUGGUUGAGACCUAAAGCUACAAGACCAUCAUCUCGAGAGAUCUACUUGAUUUGCCAGGGAUUUCGUUCAUAAGAGAAAGCAUUUCAUAAAGAUUCAGUGAUUACUCUUUUUAUGUUGUUUACUACAAAGGAUCAGAAAAGAGAUAAUAUAAAGCAGCAUGCAGAUUUUUGCGUGUUACAUACUUAGAUUGCAGCUUCUC